GGCCGAUUUGUGCCAAUUUAUGCUGACUUAUGCUAACAUAUGCCAAACUUAUGCCGAUUUAUGCUAAUUUAUGCUAAUUGGGGGCAGGAAUUUGCCGCUGGCCAUCUCCAUCUCGCUGCCGCUGGUCACCUUCCUGUACGUGGCGGCCAACGUGGCGUACCUGGCGGCCAUGAGCCCCCAGGAGAUCCUGGACAGCGACGCCGUGGCCGUGAGCUUCGGCGAGAGGGUCCUGGGGCCGCUGGCCUGGGUGAUGCCCGUGGCCGUCGCCCUCUCCACCUUCGGCGGCGUCAACGGCUCCCUCUUCACCUGCUCCAGGCUGUUCUACGCGGGGGCGCGGGAGGGGCACCUGCCCGCCCUGCUGGCCAUGAUCCACCUGCGGCGCCGCACGCCCGUGCCCGCCCUGCUCGUCACCUGCGUCUCCACGCUGCUGAUGCUGGUGACGGGCGACAUCUACACGCUCAUUAAUUACGUGGGCUUCGUUAAUUACCUCUGGUACGGCGUCACCGUGGCCGGGCUGGUGCUGCUCAGGUGGAGGGAGCCCCACCUGCCCCGCCCCAUCAAGGUGAACCUGCUGCUCCCGGCCCUCUACCUGCUCUUCUGGGGGGCGCUGCUGCUGUUCUCGGUGUGGUCCGAGCCCCUGGUCUGCGGCAUCGGCCUGGCCAUCAUGGCCACCGGCGCCCCCGUCUACCUGCUCUGCGUCCGGGGGGGGCCCCGGCCCCCGGCCCUGCGCCGCGCCAUGGCCUCCCUGACCCGCUUCGGGCAGCGCCUCCUGCUCGUGGUGUACCCGGGGGGUGGGGGAGGGGCCGAGGACGACCCCUCCCCCUUCCAGGACCCCCCCAAAGCCCCCUCCCCCCCCUCCGACCUUCCCCCCCCCCCCCCCCCCAACCCGAAUAAAAACUCCGAGAACAACCGGAAACACCCGAAGGAGCCCAACGGGAAGAACCGAAAACCUCCGAGCGAGCAUCGGAAACACCCGAAGGAGGCGCGCGGAAGUUGCCGAAGCCACGUCCGGAAGCGGCCGAAGGCGCAGCGCAAGCGGCGCCACACCAAGAUGGCGGACGGGGAGGAGGUGACUCUGGACGGGCGGCCGCUGCAUCUGCUCCGCGUCGCCGACCUCAAGGCGGCCCUGGAGCAGCGAGGACUCGCCAAGAGCGGCCAGAAGAGCGCCCUGAUCAAGCGGCUGCGAGGGGCGCUGAUGUUGGAGAACCUCCAGAAGCACUCGAGCCCCCACCCCACCUUCCAGCCCAACUCCCAGAUGGGCGAGGCCAUGGGCCAGAACAGCUUCAUCAAGCAGUACCUGGAGAAGCAGCAGGAGCUGCUCCAGCAGCGCCGGGACCCCCCCGAGGCUCACGCGGCGCCGGAGGAGCCGGGGGAGGAGGAGGAGGAGGAGGAGGAGGAGGAAGGAGCGGCCAGGAGGGAGCGGCGCAGGGCGGUGAGGAGGGGCCCUUCCGCGGAGGUUUGGGGGAAAUUUGGGCGGUUUUGGGCAAUUUCGGGGACCGCCUGA